AUGGGUGCCGCUCAGCAAAUUGCUUACUUCCUCCUCCACCCUAAUGAGCUUCGGUCCAUCGCUCAAUGGAAAGUAUGGCAUGAGCCUGUCCACAGACGCGAUGCCUCCAAGGAGACGCCCACCGAGAAAUCAUGCUUCCACUUCCUCAAGUUGACGUCGCGGUCAUUCUCAGCUGUCAUUCAAGAGCUCAACCCCGAGCUCCUGAUGCCGAUAUGCCUCUUCUACCUCGUCCUGCGUGGUCUCGACACCAUCGAAGACGACAUGACCCUUGACAUCAAGGAGAAGGAGCCCCUCCUCCGCGAUUUUCACAACAUCAUGGAGCAGGAUGGCUGGACUUUCGACAAGAACGGGCCCAACGAGAAGGACAGGGAGCUGCUCGUCCACUUCGACGACAUUAUCUUCGAGCUGAAGAAGGUCAAGAAGCCAUAUUAUGAUAUCAUCAAGGACAUCACCGAGAAGAUGGGCAAUGGCAUGGCCGAUUACGCGCUCAACGCUGAGCACAACAACAUUGGUGUGGGCACCAUCAAGGAGUACGAGUUGUACUGCCAUUAUGUUGCCGGUCUGGUGGGAGAGGGCUUGACACGCCUGUUUGUGGAAAGCAACCUUGCCAACCCGCAACUUCUGGUGCGCAUGGAUCUCACUGAGAGCAUGGGCCAGUUCUUGCAAAAGGUUAACAUCAUUCGCGACGUACACGAGGACUGGAUCGACAAGCGGCGAUUCUGGCCCAGAGAAAUCUGGUCCAAGUAUGUUGACAACUGGGACGAUCUCUUUGCCCCGGCCAACCGCGAGAAGGCCCUUCAGUGCAGCUCUGAGAUGGUGCUCAACGCUCUCAAGCAUGCCGAGGAGUGUCUUUUCUACAUGGCUGGUAUCCGAGACCAGAGUGUCUUCAACUUCGUGGCGAUUCCCCAAAGCAUGGCCAUUGCUACCCUGGAUCUUGUCUUCCGCAACCCCGCCAUCUUCGAACGGAACGUCAAGAUCACCAAGGGAGACGCCUGCCAACUGAUGAUCGAGUCGACACAAAACCUGCGGGUGGUCUGCGAUGUUUUCAAGAAGUACGCGAGAAGGAUACACAAGAAGAAUGACCCCAGGGAUCCCAACUUCCUUGCCAUCAGCGCGCAAUGUGGAAAGAUCGAGCAAUUCAUUGAGACCAUCUUCCCAACGCAAGACCCUAACAAGGUCAGGGCUGGGCUCAAGCAAGAAGAUCCCAAGAUGGACGCCUUGGAGACUUUCUAUCUGAUUGCUGCUGCGCUGUCAACAUUCAUCUUGAUCGGUGUUCUGAUGAUUGGAAUUGCAUGGUACUUUGGUGCUCGGUUCGACCAGGUCUUCAAAAACAUCGACCAAAAGAUCGCCGGCACUGUUACCAGCUCAGUGGCUGCUGUUACCAGCGUUGCUCACGAGGAACUGUGA